ACUCAUUGAUCACUAAUUAAUCAACCCGUCAUUCAAUCAAAUUUAUUCAACUCUGAAUGCACUGAAUAUUAUCUGAAUAAUUUAAAUCAUAACUGUCUCAACUUAUCAUCUGUCAUUUCAGAUCACUAAAUCUCAAGCAAGCAAAGCAUCAUGUCACGCUAUGAGAACAGAGGGCCACCAUCUAAACGGGGUCGCAUGGACGCAGGCAGGGGCAACAGGGGGGUCAAUCUUUCAGAACACGAAAUCGAGGAUGAACUUAACAAACUAGAUCCUAAUGCUAGACCAAACAAUGUACUUCUCUUCACAGUUCUCAACGCCGAUUAUCCAAUUGACGUGUCAAUUAUCUACAAAGUAUGUUCUCCUGUCGGCAAGGUAGACAGAAUUGUUAUAUUUCGACGUGGCUACGUCAUCCACGCCAUGGUAGAGUUCAACUCUAUAGAGAGCGCGGAUCAGGCGAAGAGAAAUCUGCACGGUUGCGAUAUAUACUCCGGCUGUUGUACUCUCAAGGUAGAGUUUGCUAAGACUGACCGGCUUCAGGUGAAGAAGAACGAUGACAUGUCCUGGGACUACACAGACGAGUUUACUCGAGGGGGAUCAGUCGGAGCCAUGAAGGAGCGCCCUGUGCUGCUAACAGAGCCUCCUAAAAUGGGAAUUGGAUCUUCUGGAGGCAUGGGAAUGAGCGGAGGCAUGGGAGGAGGCAUGGGUGGCAUGGGAGGUGGCAUGGGUGGAGGCAUGGGUGGAAUGGGAGGAGGUAUGAGUGGAAUGGGAGGAGGUAUGAGUGGAAUGGGAGCAGGAGGUAUGAGUGGAAUGGGAAUGGGAUCUAACAACUUCAGUGGAAUGGCCAGUAGCCUUAUGGGAGCCAUUAACGGGGGUAUGGGAGGUAUGAGUAUGGGAAAUAACAUGGGAGGCGGUAUGGGAAAUAUGGAUAGAGGAAGAAUGAGUGGAAAUGAUGGCUACGGUAUCGGAAUGGGAAGUAUGGGGAUGAACGUCUCAUACGGAGGUUCAAGGAAUCCUAGCUAUGGAGGCAGGGGUGCUGUUGCUAUGAUCUAUGGCCUGGAGCCAGACAAGUUCAACUGCCACAGGGUGUUCAACCUAUUCUGCCAGUAUGGGAACAUUAGGAAGAUCAUGUUCCUGAAGACCAAGGAGGGAUGCGUCAUGAUGGAGAUGGCUGACCAAGAGGGAGUGCAGAAUGUAAUUGAUAAUGUGAACAACAUUGCUAUAUUCGGAUUGAAAGUGCGCGUGGACUGGUCCAAGAAGGACUACGUCACCGAGGUAAAGAAUCCUCACACCCUCUCUGACGGAACUCCGUCCUUUGUCAGCUUCGAGAGCGACAGGAACAACAGGUUCGACACCCCGGAGCGCGCUGCCAAGAACCGUAUCCUCCCCGCCACUAAAUAUUUGCAUUUCUUUAAUGUUCCCAAGAUGGAAGAUUCAACGUUCGAGAACAUUUUCACCGAUGCCGGAGCUCCGUGUCCAACUAGGAUUAAAUGGUUCCCUGGUUCCAGCGAGAGGUCUAGUAGCGGCCUUGUGGAGUUCGACUCCAUCCAGGAAGCCUGCGAAGCACUCGUAACUUGCAAUCACGCGAAGAUCGAGGGAGAUAAGUUCCCCUACAUCAUGAAGCUUUGUUUCUCCCAGGGUCCUAGGGAGAGACGCACCAGGGACUAAACCAUCUCCGUGUACUACCUGUAACAGAGAGCAAACCUAUAUUCUUCUUUUAUGCAAUUCACUUUUUCAAGCUUCAUUCUUUAACUUCAGCUAACUACAUUUCACUUAAUCAUUUUCACGUUAACAUGUCUUACUCAGUACAACAAGCAAAAGCAAUUUAUCACAGAAAAUUAACUUUUCACUUUAAAAAAAUCAUCUGAAGCAUUAUACCAUUAAUAUAUUUUAAUUGUUUUUGUAUAUAUAUACUAUGUUAGAACUGUAACUGUUGGAAAACGAUCUUGUCGAAAUCGGCUAAAUUUGAAACUUUUUUCAG